CCCGACCGACCCAAACGAGUGCUAUAUAUGGUUUGAUUGAGUCUCUCUUUCCAAGAAAAAAAAACCAUUUUCUUCCAAACAGAUGGCAAGAGCUCUCUCCCACUUCACUGGCAAAUCAAGCCUCCCCUCUCUGUCUAAAUCAAAUCACAGUCGUCCAUCAUCAUUAUCAUGUUACAGACCCAUGAUGAUCACUAUGAUGGCUCAAAGCCAACCUUACUGGGCCUCCAUAGAAUCUGACAUUGAGGUCCAUCUCAAGAAUGCAAUCCAUGUCCGGCCACCAGUCACCGUCUUCAAGCCCAUGCACUGCCUUGUCUUCGCCGCUCCGAAAACCAAGGCAUCCGCCUUAUGCGUGGCGGCGUGUGAGCUCGUGGGCGGUGACCGAGACCGAGCCAUGGAUGCGGCCUCUGCCAUCCACCUCAUGCAUGCAGCUGCCUACACCCACGAGCACCUACCGUUAACGGAUAGGCCCAUUUCCAAGCCCAUGAUCCAUCACACCUACGGCCCAAACAUAGAGCUCCUUACUGGUGAUGGAAUUGUACCAUUUGGGUUAGAGUUAUUAGCUCGUUCAGUUGACCCGGCUCAAAAAAAUUCAGGCCGGAUUUUACGUGUGAUCAUUGAGAUCACACGUGCCAUAGGCUCACUAGGGGUGGUUGAUGGCCGGUACACGGAGAUUCGAGGCACUCAAUCCAACGGUGAGGAAUUACGCGAUGAAGACACGUGGAUGGAACACGUGUGCAAGAAGAAGGUAGGUGAGAUGCACGCUUGUGGGGCCGCGUGUGGGGCCAUAUUAGGGGGAGGGAGUGAGGAGGAGAUUGAGAAGUUGAGGAAAUAUGGGCUUCAUGUGGGGAUGAUACAGGGGAUGAUGAUGAUGGUUAAUGGGUUGGGGAGAAAAGAGGAGAGAGAGAUGGAAGUGGUAGAGAGGUUGAAAGUAUUGGCUCUCAAAGAGUUGGAAAGCUUUGAUGCUAAGAAAGUUGACCUAAUUUCUAGCCUUGUUGAGUCUAAUCUUUGCAAUGUUUAGAGUUUGAGAUGUUGACAUGUACCUAGAGAGAGAGAGAGAGAGAGAGAGAGAGAGAGGGCAUAUGGAUGAUUGUAUGAUGGGGGGACAAAUGAAAGAGAACAUGGGACAGGGCAGGGUGUGUGAUUCUUUUUACCUCUGCUUGUGGCCAAACGUUGUGUGUGAAAUAUAAAAAGUAGCUUAGUAGUGUGAAUGGCUUUCUAUUUU